AUGAUUUGAGCAUGGCGGCUCCUCUGUGUAAACUGAACCGUCUCUUAACGCGUUUCACUUCAGGAACAACACUGCGUCAUGUGCAGAGAUGUUUGGUGCCAGUUCGACACAAGUCCAGUGACAGUGAUCCUUCAGCUCAAGGCCCAAACUGUAACGUGGACAUCGGCGUGACUUCAGAUGGGAAAACCUUUGUGUGCUACCACCCCACCGCCGACAUUCCGUAUGAAUUUACACUACCUAUAGAACGACCCGACCCUAUCACCAACCCGGUUGAGACCCACGACCAGGUCCUGCAGGCUCGUCUCAGCAAGGAGGUGCUGAAUGACAAGAAGGGGCCGACUAUCGAGGAGCUGAGCAAGAUGUUCUUCACCACUAAACACCGCUGGUAUCCAGUAGGACAAUACCACACGAGACGCAUGAAGAAGAAUCCUCCAAAGGACAGAUAGUUGAAAUGUUUGUUUGAGUUGUUGUCACGUUGAUGUAUAAUAAACUGUUAAAUAUUGA